AUGGCCCUGAAGAGAAUCUAGAAGGAAUUGAUUGACCUUGGAAGAGAUCCACCCGCUAACUGCUCAGCUGGCCCAAUCGACGAAAAAGAUCAAUACCACUGGUAGGCAACUAUCCUUGGUCCUGAUGAUAGCCCCUACGCUGGAGGUGUUUUCUUCCUCAACAUUCACUUUCCAACAGACUACCCAUUCAAACCACCCAAAUGCACAUUCACCACUCGUAUCUAUCAUCCAAACAUUAAUUCUAACGGUUCCAUCUGCCUAGAUAUCCUCAAGGACUAGUGGUCACCAGCUCUCACAAUUUCAAAGGUACUUUUAUCAAUCAGCUCUCUUUUGACUGAUGCCAACCCAGACGAUCCCUUGGUUCCCGAGAUCGCACACAUCUACAAGACUGACAGAGCAAAGUACGAAGCUACCGCCAGAGAAUGGACCCGCAAGUACGCUAUGUGA